AUGUCCAGCCAGCCCCUUCUCCAGACUGCCCCGGGCAAGCGGAUCGCCCUCCCAACCCGUGUCGAGCCCAAGGUCUUCUUCGCCAACGAGCGAACCUUCCUCUCCUGGCUGAACUUCACCGUCAUCCUGGGCGGUCUCGCCGUCGGCCUGCUCAACUUUGGCGAUCGCAUCGGUCGCAUCUCCGCCGCUCUCUUCACUGUCAUUGCGAUGGCGGCCAUGGUAUACGCCGUCGUCACGUUCCACUGGCGCGCGCAGAGUAUUCGGAAACGAGGCCAGAGUGGCUUUGACGACCGUUUUGGUCCGACUAUCCUCGCAAUUGCGCUGUUGGCGGCUGUCAUCGUCAACUUUAUCCUUCGUAUCCAGGACAGUGAAUCGAACUGA